AGUGCUGCUAAGCUUAUAAUAGUGUGAAUGUAGUGGACUGUAGAGGAACUCUGGUUGUGACCCGGAUGUAACGGCGCUCUACCUCAGCACGUCUAAAUCCUCUUAUCACCAACAGGGCUGCCAAGAUGGAUGUUGUCAACCAGUUGGUCGCCUCUGGGCAGUUUACAGUUGUCAAACAGCCAUUAGGAUUCAUUAAAGUCUUACAAUGGUUCUUUGCCAUCUUUGCGUUCUCCACCUGUGGCGGUUACUCUGGAGUGUUUCGUCUGAGUGUGGAGUGUAGUAAUCGCUCAGAAAGUAAUCUGAACAUCGAGGUUGAGUUUGGCUACCCGUUCAGAUUGCACCAGGUGUGGUUUGAUGCUCCAUCAUGUAAAGGGGAGGAGACUGAGCGUCUCUUCCUGGUGGGAGACAACUCUUCCUCGGCCGAGUUCUUCGUCACCAUCGGCGUCUUUUCCUUUCUUUACUCAAUGGCAGCCAUGUCCGUGUAUGUCUUCCUCCUGGAGAAAUAUCGUGAGGGAAACAAAGGCGCUCAGGCCGAUUUCAUAGUGACAGCUGUUUUUACCUUUAUGUGGUUGGUAAGUUCAUCAGCGUGGGCCAAAGGUCUUUCAGAUGUCAAGAGGGCCACAGACCCCGAUGAUGUUAUCAAUCUCAUUCCUGCGUGUGAUCGUGAGGAAAAUCACUGUAAAGAAAUCCAUGAACCUGUUGUGUCUGGCCUAAACACAUCUGUGGCAUUUGGAUUCUGUAAUUUGGUGCUUUGGGCAGGGAACCUGUGGUUCAUCUUCAAGGAAACAGGCUGGCUUGCAUCUUUCUCUGGCACUUAUAUGCCAUCCGCAGAGAAGCAGCCAGCCCCAGACUCUUUCGGCCAGCCAGGCUAUGGGCAGGAAGGUUAUGGGCAGGACCCUUAUACUGCCUCUCAGGGCGGGUACCAGCCAGACUAUGGCCAGCAGGGUGGUGGUUACGAAGGCGGAGGCUACAACCAAGGAGUGUAUGGUCAGGGUGAGCCCACCUCUUAUUCCAAUGAGAUGUGAGCCCAGCAACAAGGGCAGAAACACUGAGCUGAUCACACCAAGACGGUGAUGUCAUCAGCCAGCAUGGAAACGUUGUUAGCUUUGUUUCCACUCUCUUCAAUCUUCUGUGUGAGCCGUGGGUUUAAAGGGAAGGGGUGGGGGUACAUUUAAGAAGGGUUGUAAAAAACAUCAUAAUCAAAGGGGAAAUGCAUUGAGGAAAUGUGACCCUAAUUUCAACAAGCUGGAGUUCACUCCUGUUUUGAUGAAGAAAAACUUGAACAUGCUACCAAAAAUGAAUGAAAAUUAUAAUGUAAAUCUUACGUAAGAGGAACUGUUUGAAUGAAUUAUACAAAUAUUAAACUGAAUGUUUUUGUCUGUUUGGUGUAAAUACAAAUUAUAUUUAAAUAGAUACAGUAUUGUGAAGGAAACUUAAUGUUGUUUUAUGUCUUUACUUUUUAUUUAUUUUAGUGGUGUUUUUUAAUGUUUAACUCCUAUUAAGAGUGCUGAACUUAAAACAUCUUAAUGAACAAAAAAAGUUUACUUUUUUAAUUCAUGUGAAACAUUCCUUUGUGUAAACCCAGAUAAUAAAUAUGGUUUAUUAGUUAUGUCAAUCACUGCUAAGUGAAAAUUAGUAGUCUGAAAUAUAAUAAACAACUGGAAGUUAUUUAUGGUAGAGCAAGAAAUAAAGGUUUUAAAAAAGUGAAAUACGACUUACCCUCAAAGAUAUCUUUGGCACAUUUUUCUGAUAAUGUGCACAAAUUAUGGAGAUUUACUUUAACAUUUGGUUAAAACCUUUCUAACAUUUAUAGUAUUAAUAAAGCCUUCUUUAAAUUUAUACAGUAUAAGGUAUAAAAGGCUAAAUGAGAAAAUAAUAACACUCAGAAUAGGUUGUGUGGGUGCUUCAGUACUUGUUAUUCACAUGUUAUUCACAGAUGGGUUGUAAAUGUGACUUACCCAUUUAUAUUCUUUCUGUGUGAAAUUGAUGUUUUAUGUUAUCUAUUGUUUCAGGUCCAAAUGGUUUCUUUUCUCUCCCUCAUUAUAUUGUCUGAUAAUGCACAAUAAAAUAAUGUUAGAUGAUGGCGAGUGGUGAUGACAUUCAGUGUGCGCAUUUAUUUUAUGAUGUUCUCACAUUUACGAAGUCAAAUGACUGCUAAUAGUUUAGCACAGAAGUCUAAAUAGUGUAUAGUAUAUAUGUAUUGUUUGGAUAAAGGUUAAGGCUAUAACAUUUAAGUGUGAAGAUUAUACAUUUUCAAAUAUAUUUUAAUACAGUUAAGUCUAGAUAGAUUACAAGAAUUUUAUUCAUAUAUCUAUGUUAAUACAGAAUAUAUAUAAUCCUGCAUGUGUAAAAUAUUAGUGCGUUCUUGUUAUUUUCCCUCUCGACAUGAUGUCCACAAGAGGGAGAUAUUUAGUAAAACAUGUGAAUGGGGUACAAUUUUGGCUGUUAAAAUUGCUAUUUUAUUUUUCCAUACUUUUAAUCUUGUUGCAAUAAACUGCAAAUCUAAAUUUGA